AUGGUCGAGGUGGUGAUGGCGCCCGGCUGCGGCGGCGGGGGCGGUGGGGGAGGCGAGGGGAAGGCGGAGGAGGGGCAGCAGCAGGGGCAGGGGCAGGUGCUGGCGCUGGUGCUCGCCGCGCUCCGCAAGUCGGUGGUGCUGCCGUGCCAGAUGGCGGACGCCGACGACCCCGCGGGGGCGUCCUGGGGGAUGGAGAUCGGCUGGCCCACCGACGUCCGCCACGUCGCGCACGUCACCUUUGACCGCCUUCACGGCUUCCUCGGCCUCCCCGUCGAGUUCGAGCUCGAGAUCCCCGGCCAGGUCCCCAGCGCCAGCGCGAGCGUGUUCGGGGUGUCGCCGGAGUCGAUGCAGUGCGGCUACGACGACAAGGGGAACUCAGUGCCCAAGAUCCUCCUGCUCAUGCAGGAGCGGCUGUACGCGCAGGAUGGACUCAAGGCAGAGGGCAUCUUCCGGAUCACCCCGGAGAACAGCCAGGAGGAGCAUGUCAGGGAGCAGCUCAACAGUGGUAUCGUGCCUGACGAUAUCGACGUGCAUUGCCUGGCCAGUUUGAUCAAGGCCUGGUUCAGAGAACUCCCUGAGGGUGUGCUUGACAGCCUCUCACCUGAGCAAGUCCUUCACUGCAACACAGAGGAGCAGUGCAUUGAGCUCGUGGAGCUUCUUCCACCAACUCAAGCUGCACUUCUUCAUUGGGUCGUAGAGCUCAUGGCUGAUGUUGUUGAGGAAGAGGAGUCAAAUAAGAUGAAUGCGAGAAAUGUUGCCAUGGUUUUUGCACCUAAUAUGACACAGAUGUCCGAUCCGCUGACUGCUCUGAUGCAUGCUGUUCAAGUCAUGAACUUGCUCAAGACCUUGAUUCUCAAAACACUUCGGGAACGUGACGAUGAUGAUGCAGGAGCCUAUUCAUCAUUUUCAUCUUCAUCAUCUUUAUCUGAAGAAAUCGAUGAGGAGGGUCAUGACCAACAGGAUGAUGAAAAUGAUAGUGGCAGUGAGAACUGUAACUGCGAUGAUCACAAAAGACCAAAAGAUAUUGACAAGGCUGCUGCACUAAGAGUCGACAAUGAACAGCUAAUUGGUGCGUCCAGGAGGCACACGUCAAUUGACUGCCAUUUGCCUUUCAUUGGAUUUGAAAAUGACAAUGAAGACACGUCGCUGGAUGAUAUUGAAGAAUGUUUCUUAAGAAGGCUAGAAUGGAAAGCUGUGAGGGAAUGUGUUGCUGAAGACAACAUUAGCAGUUUUCCUGCAGCCAAGGAAGAGGCAGAUCAGCUGAGCUCGUCUGAAAGUAUUACAGAAGGUAGUAACACAACUGUUGAAAACAGAGACGUGACAAGCAAUGCCAUUGAUGUAACUAUCAAUGAGCUGAGGCAAAUGGAAAUCAGAAUUGAAAUGACGGAUACAGAGGUAAGAAAUGCUACAAAAGGCGAGCUAAUUCUUUGCUCAUAAGCUAUCGUCACAAGGGCGCUGGUUGUCUUUCAUGUAAGUUUAUGUGAAGUUGUAAGUCGGUUCUUGGCAGUCCCUCAGUCAACACGAGACUAGAGAACUUUGUCCUUGUAAUAUUCUUCGCACGCUCUCGAGCAUGAGCUGCGUAGUUGAGUAGUUGUGUGGUUUAAUUGAAGCUGAAACAACCAGUUUCUAGCUAGUUGGACCUCGGUAAACUAUUCCAGAGACCUUUGUUGAAAAGGUUUCAAACCUUGCAA